AAUCGUAUCACUUUGGAAAGUUUGCAUACCACUCAGAGAGGAACUGUAACAAGGGAGAAAUUAUCACAAGCACUGGACUGGAGGGAGGACCUCUUAAACACUUGGCCAGCACAACUUCUGUGUCUCAUUUAUCAGCACCUGGCACCGAGUCUCCUCUGUGAUGAUAUUGAUCACUUCCCCUGGCUUCUCAGUAUGUGCAAGCCAGCAAAAUUGCUCAUGUAUGACUACUUACCUGUCAAACAAGAACCAUUGGAAUUGUCAUUCUGUUCUGAUUACUUGGCCAAAACCUUGGUGAAGCCUCCUGAGACAUACAGUGUGAUGUAUGCACCGCAGAAUGGGCUGCACAGUAGACUGUAUCAGCUUCAUGAUGGACAACCCAGUGGGAACCAAAUGGAGCCGGUUGACCUUUCUCUCAACAAACGAAGCUCUCCUCCCUCGCCAUAUUCUUUGACAACCCUUUCCAACUCCAGCUUGUCCCACGGGCUCUCUAUGUCUCCCUCAAGGUCACCCCAUAAAAGAACUUCACCUACCGUGCCGCCCCACUCUGUGCCCAUGCCCUUUCCCAGCAUGAUGAGCCCCAUGCUGCCCGGUACAGGAAUGACCAGCCAAGGAAUGAUUUCAGUGAUACCCUCAGUCAUGGUGCAGCCAGUGUCUCUUCUCUACGCACCACAUCUUUCCCAGCCGAUUGUGGUCUCUUCCAGGAUGAAUGAUGAAAUGCAAAGCCUCCCCAGCAUGCAAGAAUUUAGAGGCGUGAGCCAUGAAGUGAUGAAACAGUUUAAAUCUGAAUCAAGAACAGAGCAUACACAAAAUAGUUAUCAUGAAGAGAUUUCAUCUUCAGGCAUCAAUGCAUCUAUGGUGUCCCACAAAAGCAAUACUCCGUCUGUGAUCGUUCAUCCAAUGAAGCACCCCCUGCCAGCCGAAUCUCCAGACACGGUGAAGAAACGGCGGAUACACAGGUGUGACUACGAAGGGUGUAACAAAGUGUACACGAAGAGUUCCCACCUCAAAGCUCACAGACGAACACAUACAGGUGAGAAGCCCUACAAAUGCAUGUGGGAAGGCUGCACCUGGAAGUUUGCACGCUCUGAUGAACUGACCAGACACUUCCGCAAGCACACUGGCAUCAAGCCGUUCCAGUGCCCGAACUGCGAGCGCAGCUUCUCGCGCUCGGACCACCUGGCACUCCACAAGAAACGCCACUUACUCGUUUGAACCCGAGGUGUGAAAAAAAACUAAGCUUGUGUUAGCAUUACUGGUUCAGCUGGCCUGAAUCCUUCAAGACAUGGUGUAUGACAAAAACCUUUUUAUUAUAACGGUCAGUGUAAAUGCACAGUAAACACACAGCGUACUUGUUUUUAAUUAUUCUGAUAAAGACGGGUCAGACCUCUACAAUGUGAACUUCUUUUUUUUUUUUGCUUUUCUAGGGCUGAAUGCUUUUUAUUAAGGAUACAUUUUUUAGAGUUUUUGUAUAGGCAUAUAAAAUGUGCCUUUUACUAGCUUUCUUUCAAUUAUUAUUUCAGCUUCAUGUAAAAUGUGUAUCAAACUUUUUGCCAGUUUAUUUAUGUUUUUAUUUUGUUUUAUUUGCAGAUAGCAGCAGAAUGCAUUAGUGUUGCACAUUGGUGUGACUGUCUCACUCAAGUACACUGUGAGCAGACCCGUAUGUACAUUUCGUGUUUUGUUUUUUUGUUUAAUGUUCAGGAGUAGUCACAUUGCAUACGAUUUUAACAAAUACAAUGUUGUGAAGGGCUGCUAUAAAAAUUACUCAUCUGGUUUCAACUUACUUGGAUUUUUUAAUACAUGCUCCAUGUGUGCCGUAACUUUAAACUGCAUAGAUGUCUGGUUACAGCUAGAUGUCUGGUAGUGGAGUCCCUUUUAUAUAUGCCACCAGUGUGGAAAGAGGAAAUGUAGUUCGCCAGGCACUUUAUCCAAACCUAGGAUUUCUAACAUGGACCAAAGACAUUGGAAUACAUUUGUUCUACAGGGAAAAACAAGUUAAAUGCAAAAAUAGUAAAAUUCAAGGUGUAAACACCCCUGUAAAACUCGGGGUGUAAACACCCCUGUAACAUGUACUUUUACUCAAGUGCUACUUGAGAUAGCACUGCACUGAAGUAAAAUUCACAUUCUUGACAAUACAUAUACUGCAAACAGCCAGUAUAUAAAACAUUGAGCCCUGUGCUGAUAAGUUUAGAGCAGCAGGCAUGCUCUGUGGACAAACAUACAAUAUAGCAUUGGAAUUUAAAAUAGAAUCACUUUUUGCAUUUCCUUGAGCCAAGUAGAAUGAUAAAUGAAAAAUCUGGCUUGCACACAAAGAGCAUUUAACAGAUCUGUACAUAAUCUACACAAUUCUUUUUUUGGAUUUUUUUUAAGGUGUCCCAAGUGUUGUAAUAACCCUGUGAAUACAGGUUUACUUACUGGAAUUUGAGGAUGUGGUAAACUGAUAAGUUAUGAGUUGCAGAGCAUUUUUUUCUAACUCUCAAAAUGUGAAUGUAUAUAAUAACUGGGCAUUGUUGUUUUUAUAAAAAGUAUUUUAGUUUUGGGAAUAAAUAUGGUGAGUUUUUAUAUGGAGAAGCAGGUAGAAAAAGUGUUUAUCUCUUUAUUUUAUUAAAUUAAAAAUAAAAUGUGUGUUGUAUUUAAAUAACAAAUAUAUAAGAUGUGGAACACUAUUUUCUUUGCACUUUAACUUAUUUAAAUCCAAAUAAACCCUAUACUGCGUUGCUGUUUCUUACUGAACUGAAGUGUCUUUUUAAAGUGAUGCAUGCUCCAUAACGUGUCAAAACCUCCUAUAGUAGCAUUACAGUGUGCACAAUCCUAAAAAAAACCCUACUGGAGAAUAUUAACUCUAAGCACUUGCUCUAUUACUUUGGACACCCAUCUGCAUGAAUGAUGCUCAUUAGAAGGGCUUUAUCUUUUCCUCGGUAUUGUGAGCAUGGCUGGUGCCAAGGUUGAGGGUGAUGGGCUUCAGUUAUACUCCAAUAACGGAUGUGUUAAAAUGAACACAGGGUUAAUUUGAUUAAGGGAAACAGUUUGUUAAAACAACAAUGUGUUAUGUUAAAUGACAACACAGUAACGGUUAAAUAUAGCAUGAGCUGUGUGUGCUUCUCAAUCAGAUAUUUGGGUUGUACAUUGCAAUAUUUCAUGCAUCAUUUUAAAUUGUAAUUACUUAAUUACAGGCACAAGUUUCUAUGCAGACAACAGCAAAGUUCAAAUAUCAUUGACCCAUAAAAUCCAAACUCUCCUUAGCGUGCCAAGAGCCAUCCAUCAGUAGAGUUAUUACUUGUUUAAAACUGCAAAGUUUUUAUACAUAAGUUGUAAUAUAUAUAUGUAAUAGUGUAACUGUUAAGACUGGCUGGGCAAAAUUGGCAAUUAAGAUUUUAGCAUGCUUAUUCAUUUUAUCGCAAAGAAUAUAAUGUUAUUAAAGACAUGAAUUUGUAUUAAACUAUAUAACUUGUAAUAAUUUUAGGUUGGUAGUCCAAAGGGAAUUCUGUAAUGACUUUUUUUGUCAUGUGAAACUGUGAACACAAGUCUUUACUGUACAAUCUUAUUCUUUAUUCAUUACUGCAUUAUUGUAUAUCAUUUAAUAAAACUAUAAGGACAUUAAAAAAA